ACACCGGCGGCUGGCAGCUGACAACAACUGAACUGGGAUUUCGCCUGUAUAGUUUUGUGCUAAAUACUUUGUUACGAGAUCGCUCAAUAAGUAGUAUCAAAUAUUGAGUCGGUUAAAUUGUAUUUUAGCAUAAAGCUAGCCGUUAUUUGGACAUUGAUAGCUAAAAUAGCAGCUGCCAGGACAGAGGAUCGCCUUUAAUGAUGUCGCUGACAGAGGACGAGUGGCCCUGAGAACUUCGUAUCCUGUCAAAUGAGUUGGCGAAAAUGACUUGCAAAUCAACUAAAGUGGCCCCGAGUGUUGAUUUUGACCACAGUUGCUCUGAUAGCGUGGAGUAUUUGACGCUAAAUUUUGGCCCUUUUGAAACUGUUCAUCGCUGGAGAAGACUUCCUCCCUGUGAUGAGUUUGUUGGAGCAAGGCGCAGCAAACACACUGUUGUGGCAUACAGGGAUGCCAUAUACGUCUUUGGAGGAGACAAUGGGAAGAACAUGCUGAAUGAUUUGCUUCGUUUUGAUGUGAAAGACUGCUCCUGGUGUCGAGCUUUCACUACUGGAACCCCACCUGCUCCCAGAUAUCACCACUCAGCUGUGGUCCAUGGCAGCAGCAUGUUUGUCUUUGGGGGCUACACUGGUGAUAUCUAUUCAAAUUCAAACCUGAAAAACAAAAAUGACCUUUUUGAGUACAAGUUUGCGACAGGACAGUGGACUGAAUGGAAAGUGGAAGGGAGUUUGCCAGUAGCCAGGUCUGCACAUGGAGCUACAGUCUACAAUGACAAGCUGUGGAUAUUCGCUGGCUAUGAUGGGAAUGCCAGGCUGAAUGACAUGUGGACCAUCAGUCUGCAGGAUCGAGAACAUGCAUGCUGGGAAGAGAUUGAUCAAAGUGGUGAGAUUCCCCCAUCUUGCUGCAACUUCCCUGUAGCUGUGUGCAGGGAUAAGAUGUUUGUGUUUUCCGGUCAGAGCGGUGCUAAGAUCACUAAUAACCUCUUCCAGUUUGAGUUCAAAGGCCAUAUGUGGACCCGCAUCCCAACAGAACAUUUACUGCGGGGCUCUCCUGCACCUCCCCAGAGACGUUACGGACACACCAUGGUAGCCUUUGACCGCCACCUGUAUGUAUUCGGAGGCGCUGCUGACAACACUCUGCCCAAUGAGCUGCACUGUUAUGAUGUGGACUCUCAGACCUGGGAGGUGAUCCAACCCAGCUUUGAUAGUGAGAUGCCAAGUGGGAGGCUCUUCCAUGCUGCAGCUGUGAUUCAAGAUGCCAUGUACAUCUUUGGGGGGACUGUAGAUAACAAUGUGCGCAGCGGGGAAAUGUACAGAUUCCAGUUCUCAAUCUACCCCAAAUGCACCCUCCAUGAGGAUUAUGGGAAACUGUGGGAAAACCGUCAGUUCUGUGAUGUGGAGUUCAUUCUGGGCGAG